UGGAGGCGUGGGAGGUACUGGGCUGCGGUGCGCUGCUGGUGCUGCGCGUGUGCCCGGCCGCCCGGUCGUCAUGGAGGAGGUAUCGGCGGAGGAGCUGGACGAUGAGGAGCAGCUGCUGAGACGGCAUCGCAAGGAGAAGAAGGAGCUGCAAGCCAAGAUUCAGGGAAUGAAGAACGCUGUUCCCAAAAACGACAAAAAGAGGCGGAAGCAGCUCAUUGAAGAUGUAGCUAAGUUGGAGAGAGAAAUGGAGCAGAGACACAGGGAAGAGCUGGAGCAGUUGAAACUGGCUUUCGCGGAGAGUAAGAUAGAUUCUGUCGCUGUUAACAUUUCAGACUUGGUACUUGAGAACCAGCCACCUCGGAUUUCAAAAGCACAAAAGAGACGGGAAAAAAAGGCUGCAUUGGAAAAGGAGCGGGAAGAAAGAAUAGCUGAGGCUGAAAUUGAGAACCUGGCUGGCGCCAGACAUGUGGAGAGUGAGAAACUCGCUCAGAUACUGGCCGCCAGAGAAUUGGAAAUCAAGCAUAUUCCAUCUGAUGGUCAUUGUAUGUACGGAGCUCUGGAGGAUCAGCUGAGGGAGCAGGACUGUGCCCUGACUGUGGCUGCCCUCCGGAAGCGCACUGCUGAGUACAUGCAGAGCCACUCAGAGGACUUCCUGCCCUUCUUAACAAACCCCAGCACCGGGAACGUGUAUACUCCAGAGGAAUUUGGAAAGUACUGUGAUGACAUUGUGAACACAGCGGCUUGGGGAGGUCAGCUUGAGUUGAGAGCUCUGUCUCACAUUCUACAAACACCAAUCGAGGUUCUACAAGCAGAUGCUCCGCCUAUUGUGGUUGGUGAAGAGUAUUCGAGGAAUCCUUUAGUACUAGUAUACAUGAGACAUGCAUACGGCUUAGGAGAGCAUUAUAAUUCUGUCACUCGGUUGGUGAACUCGGCUACUGGAAAUUGCAACUAGUUUACAAAAUGUAACACUAUGUUUUAUAGAGUGUGCCAAUCUGCAUAUUCCUAUCAAGUGCUAGAUUGUUGCAAUGCCUCUGAAAAACAGCUACCUUAAGUCAGUUUUAUGAAUGAGUGAACUUGCUAACAGGCUUUUUAGAAAUCAGUUGGAUUGACUUUAACCAGUGCCCUCUUAAUGGCAUUCCUAGAACUUAAAGUAAAUUGUGGAGAACAUCAUUCAUAGAACAAGGUGUUAACCUCACUAGUGAGUUUAACUAGUUAGUUAUCUAGUCAACUAACUAGUUAGCUAGUUAGUUAUCCUGGACAUUCUGAUUUUGAAAUUUUUUUUUUAAAAUUUUGGCCCUACAGAUUUAUAUUUCCAAAGUGAGUAUUUGAUAUAAUUUUUCUUAAAGUAUGGAGAUGCCUUCUCUGUCAUGGUAGGAAUGUAUUGUGAUGUCAGCAAGUUUAUUUAUGCUUGUGAAUGAGCGUGAUCAUAGUAAUUUUGGUAUGCUAGAUCAGCAAGAUGAAGCUUGUUACGUAGCACAUCUCUGCAGCUAAGGAGAAACGACUUUUAGGGAUUUUUGAAUCCUUGCAUGAGAAUCAGUUGAGUACAAAGGGAUUAAAGAAAAUUAGUUGUAAAUAGGUGAUAGGUGUUCACUGUGUCCAUUUUCAAUCUUUUUUCUUUCUGUUCUGGAACUUCUUUUUAACAAAAAGGAGAUUUUGCUUUUCUAUGUGUAUAGCUUUAAAAACAAUGGCUUCUACGUUGCUGUUUUUUUCUGCUGGAGUUAUUCAUACCUUUAUUCUCUUCACAACUGAUAAGUUUUACAUUUUGUCCUUCUCAGUGGCUCUGCUUUUCCUAGAGCCCUUUUCCACUGAGAAGUAUCCAGUGGCCUCUCCUUGCUCACUGUGCAAGGUAAUGAUUUAGUGAUGCAGAAGGGGCACAGUCCCCUUCUCUGCUGUGCUCGCUUUCUAGGAUUCGAAGAAAGCCUUGGCUGUAGGUUUUCCUGCUCCAGGUUGUGUCACUUUUUCCUCUCAAGUGUGUAAUUAUUGUGUUGUGUGUAGGUAAAGUUGAAGGCCACUGUUGAGGAGCCGAGCUGAAAACCAGUACAGAACAGUUCUCUGUGGGCUGACUUAUGUAACUAGGGUUCCAGCUCACUUCUCACAGUGUUCUCUGUGCUGUAGCACAGCGCCACAGCGUGGGGGCCAGCGCUAGUACAGCCCUUGCUUAUCGUGCAUGAGGCUCAAGGCUCAAUUUCUUGCUCCAACAAACCAAUUUAUGAAAAUGAAACUUUUUGGUUUCAUCUUUUUUUUCCAAGUAAGAACUGUAAUAAGAUUGAGCAUCACGUUUAUAAUAUUUGGGCUUUUGAUGAGUGUGUACUGUCUCUGAGUAAAUAAUGGGCUUGUGAUGUUAAACUGGCAGCACUGGCAGGCUGGUCAGCAGACGAGCCAGGACUCUGAUCAUCCCAGCACGUCCUCUGCCUCCUGCACCGUGCAUUCUAAGGGUGCCUGCUUUGUAACUGCUGAUCUGCUUUUUUUUCUCUGACAUUUAAAAAGAAUGAAGUUGUAAAUUCAAUGCUUUGAGUUUAUUUGAAAUAAUAUUAUCUUCAUGCUAAAAUAUCAGCAUUGAGAAUUAACAAAGCAAGAUAUUGUGAAACUUAGUUAUUGCAAAUUCCAUUUUCAACAAAGAUAGUUUAAAAUAACUCAUUAAUGUUUUCUUGUUUUGACAAGAAUUUAAAUGUACUUAAUUAUGUAUUUCUGGUUUUUGUGUAUAUGUUUUAUUUUAAAAUGGCCAAUGUAUUUAUGAAUAAAGUGUAUGGCCACCUUCUACCAUUGUAGCUUUAAAUAAAAAAAUCUUUUAAGAAUGGCGGAUGCUAAUGUAAAAGCAACAUGUAAGAAUUAAAUUUGCUGCUGCUGGUCUAAUGGGAAUCCCACGAGCUUUCUUUAGUAUGCAUUGGAAACGGGUGUGUCAAAAUUCUGGAAUUUGUCUUCAGCCAAGAAUUUUGCCCACUUACAUAUGUUUACACCCUAUAAAAAGUAAAACAAAGAAUGUAACUCUUAUGAGCAAGGUAGCUUUGCUCAUGUUAUCUGAUAUUUGCCAAAUGAAUAAAUGAUAAAGGAGUUGAAUCAACA